GAUAAGGGGAUAAAAAUAGACACCCCUAUUCUAAUUUCAUUAAGUUUUCUUUUAUUUGUUAUACAUUACAUUACUGUAAUCUCAGUUACUGCAGCGCUAUUCUACAUCCAACCGCUAGGCGGCGCCUAUCGCGCUGGUGGUAAAGAGUAGAGCAGGUCACAGAGGAAGAAUAAAACUUCCGGUAUGAGAGUAACGCCAGCUCAACGUGUGUAUCUCCUCUAUUCUUCGCCACAGGGCCCAAGUUGGGGACCUCUGAUCUAGAGAAUGCUGUGGAUGCAGGCGUGGCUCAGGACACAGAGGUGAGCCUGGACUCUAAGAAGAGAAGAUGCGUGCUUUUGAAUGGCCUUUGUUUUUCACCUGCAUUUGCUUCAAAGUUAUUGAAACUAAAGCCUCAUCUUGGACAGCUCAGAUGGCAUCUUCAGUCAAAGGUCUUCCAGGGUCAUGCGUGGUGAUCCCCUGCUCAUAUAAUUACCCAGAUACAAAAAAUACAAUCAGUGAAUAUAUAGGAAUUUGGAAGGAUCAGGAAGGAAACAUCAUUUUUCACUCAACAGAGGCUCAGAUCCAUCAGCGCUAUCAGAGCCGGGUGAAACUGGUGGGAGAUCCCCGUCAGAAGAACUGUUCUUUGAAGAUUGAGCCUCUUAAAGCUGAUGACACUGGGCCUUUUUAUUUCAGGAUUGAAAUUAAAGGCUAUGACAGCUAUUCUUUCAAGGAUAAAGUGUCCAUUUCAAUGAUCCAUAAGCCAAACCCCAUCAGUUUUUCUGUGAAAGAGGAGCUAAAGGUGGGUCAAAGUGUGUCUGCUUCCUGCUCUGUCCUUCACUCCUGCCCUGCCUCUCCUCCUCUUUUCAACUGGAGUCACACCGGAGAGCUGCAUUUCCAGUCACAGCAGGUUGGUGAUGGCCAGUGGAACAACACAUCGACUCUGACAUUUCGCCCGACCCACACUGACAACAACAAGCCUUUACAAUGUAACGUGACAUACAACGGAGGAUAUAAGGAGCAUGAGUCCAAGACCCUUAAAGUAAAGUAUGCCCCUGUCAAUUUGAAGGUUGAGUAUAAGUCAGAUAUAAAGGAAGGAGAAACUGUAAAUCUGACCUGCACUGGUGAUGCUAACCCUCCUGUCAACAGCUAUGAGUGGCAUAAUGAAAACAAUGGGAAGCACUGUCAGGGAAAUCUCUGCAUACUGCCAAAUGUCUCCCGACACACAGGACCCAUGUAUUGUAUUGCCAUCAAUGAAGAGGGACAAACCAAAUCAAGCCCUGUGCAGCUUAAUGUGUUAUAUGCCCCUGUCAAUGUGAAGAUUGAGUACAAGUCAGAUAUAAAGGAAGGAGAAACUGUAAAUCUGACCUGCACUGGUGAUGCUAACCCUCCUGUCAACAGCUAUGAGUGGCAUAAUGAAAACAAUGGGAAGCACUGUCAGGGAAAUCUCUGCAUACUGCCAAAUGUCUCCCGACACACAGGACCCAUGUAUUGUAUUGCCAUCAAUGAAGAGGGACAAGCCAAAUCAAGCCCUGUGCAGCUUAAUGUGUUAUAUGUCCCUGAGAUUAAAACUGAGUCUUUGUGCUCCUUAGAGCACAAAGACUCUACACUCAUAAAAUGUGAGUGUAUUGUGGACUCCAAGCCUUCAAGUGAGGUCCGUUUUUUACUUGCUGACAAAGUUCUGCUGGGUGCCAAAGAAGAGAAAAAUGGUUAUUUUACCAUCAGUGUCCCGGUGGCAGAAUUGCAGUCCUCUACGUUUGUGCAGUGUGUGGCCAACAACACUCAAGGCAGAGCCAAUCUCACCCUACGUUUACCUACUGACGGAAUGAUGCUGAUUAUUUUCAUCUCCACUGGAGCAGGCAUGAUUGUAGUGAUACUUUUGGUAGCAGUGGGGAUUGUUAUAAAAUGCAGGAGGAAGUCAGCAGAUACGCAAGAACUAAAUAGCACCAAGAUGACAGAAAGAGCUCUGGAGCUUCCUCGCUAUGAAACAACAACUAGGAAAGAGAUGUCUGAUGAUGAUCCUUGUUCUGGAAUUUACGCCAAUGUUGAUCCCUAUGACAACGGUGAUUGGGAUGAUGCUAUAUACGGCAAUGUGUAGGACGUGGAAGACCAUCUGCAGUCCCUCUGUGGGUUUUCUGUGUUUGUAAGGGCAGUUUUAAUGAAUCCUUGUAUUUUCAAAUAUAUCAGUAAAACAUUUUUUCUUAUCCUGUAAAUGACAUUUGCUUCAUCUUAUAAAAUGUUGUUCAUGCCCAAUUCUAUCUUUAUUGUACACAUUUGUUUGUAGCUGUUAUUCUUUUGAACAGUAUUCAAUGGAAAAAUGACCAUUAUACUAUUACAAUCUUUAAUCUGGAUAUAUGUUUGUCAUUGUUUGUUAUAUAGUAUCGCCAAGUUACAACAAAUAAUACAAAACUUG